GGAUGAAAGAGAUACUCAAGCCAUUCAGACUUAAGUCCCUAGCCUCAUAGUUCGAUUCUCAUCACAAUGCGCUCCUCAUUCAUCGCAUCUGCCCUCGCGGCAAUUAGCCCGGUUCUUGCUUUGACCCGGUCUCCUGCACCAACUGUCACAAAUGGUCAAUACGUCGUCGACGGCUACGCGUAUGCCAAGCGCCAGAUUUUCAACUUUGCGAGUGGCACUACCCUUCCCAGCAACCUCUACAAGAGCACCUGGAACAUUUCUGACCCACCUACUCAUCGCUUCGACGCAGCUAAUGUCGUUGUCGGCGGCGGAUACAUGAACCUGAAGGUUCCGGGUGGUCAGACAACGAUGCCUUACAGCUCUGCCGAGGUUUCCACGACAUUCAACGUCAAGUACGCUUCGGUCCGUACUGUCGCUAUCUUCAGUGAGCCUGCUGGAGUCUGCAAUGGAGCUUUCUUCUACCAAAGCGAUACCCAAGAGACUGAUAUCGAAUGGCUCUCUGAUGCGGAUUCCCUUAGCAACCAGGGAACUCGCAAGCUCUGGCUCACCAACCAAGAUACCGACGGUGAUGGCAUCAAGACGUACAACGCCAUCUCUCCCCCUGCCAGCCCGACUACCACCGAGCACGAGUACCGUCUCGACUGGACUCCUGGCCGUGUAACCUGGUACGUUGACGGCGUCCAGGUAUGGACUACGACUGGCGAUGUGCCCACCGCCACUGGUCCUUGGGUGUUUAACAACUGGUCCAACGGUGAUAAAGGCUGGAGUGCCGGCCCCCCCGUCACUCAGGCGGAUUUCAAGAUCAAGGAUAUUUACAUGUACUACAAUCAGUGAUCUGUGGAGAGAUGUCUUCACAAAGAAGUAUCUUGUCGGGAAACGCGGGACUAUCUACAUGUACUUGUAUCAGUCUACAUGUACUUGUAUGAACAUGGGUUGGAUAUCAUUUGAUGUCUCAUGGUUCCGAGUAAUACUAACGUUAAUGGGGUAUGUAGCGGAAUUCCAAAGACCUUUAUCUGUGCUGUAUCUUCACCUAUUUUGAAGUAAAUCGAACGUAUCAAAUUGUAUAACCGACCGGUAAUAGUUGAACUUCACAGCUAUUUAUUCCUAUCGCAGGUGGAUGGAGCUGCGUACGUGUAAAUGUUCCCUUCCCUGUAUCGUACUUGCGGGAUUAGAAAGUACGACCCAGGUGGAUGCUCAUAUAGUUACUCUUAGUCUUGAUAUUGUGAUACAACACAUGCAUGUAAAGUGG